GAGUCCUCCUUCCCUAAAAUCCCCGGCACAUUACAGUCUAAUGGCUAUGGCUGUGGGAAAGAGCACUCACUGAGUGCUAGCAUUUCCAAGACAAAACUAUUUUCCCUUUUACAUUACAUCUCACUAAAAUAUAAGCCAUAACAUGGGGAAUUAAAUGGAACUCUUCUGUCCUUAAAAAAAGCAUUAUUUUUUUGUGCAGUGAGAGAAUUAUGUGCAUAUGGUAUCUAGGAAGGGGCAUUUUCCCCAUUAAGUUAGAGAACUGGUAAAUGGUAGCAAGUGAGGAGCAGAUUGACACAUUCUGUAUAGGAUCAAUCAUCAGAAUUGACUUAGUUGUGAUUCUAGAAAGGGAAAAGUGGGUUUAAGGAAUUAGUACCAGCUCUAUGUGAAAAUGGAGUAAAUAAUGAAGUUAAAGAUUAUUGCUUUCCUGAACUGGUUCUGGAGAGACAUCUUCCAGUCAAGUCUGGGAAGAGGUAGAGAGCUACUAGAAAAGUGGGGUCUUUUUUUGUUUGUUUUUUUUAGAACUGUUGUUUUUAAGGUGAGGAGAGUAGUGAAUAAUCAAAAGUUGCUUAUUGAGUGACUUGCCUGAUGGAGUAGACUAUGAAAAGGCUACUUAAAUUUUAUGACAUAUCUUAUUUUCUACUCUUACUCAAAGUCUAAAGGCAUUUUUAAAAGAAAAUGUGUGGGAGCAGAGUUGGAAACAGAUGUGGAAACAGAAAGGAAAAAUAUUGGAAAAUUUGGCUCAUUAAACAAUUUUGAAACUUAAAUUAUAGGAGAAAUCUUGAGAAAUCUUAGUGAUCAGACAAUUUUUAGCAGUUCUAGGAAGAAGUUGUGCAGUAUAACAUGCAAUCUUUCUAUUGUGUAUUAUAUAUUAUUUCAUCCUUAGAGUAGUCCCUAAAGGGGACUACAACUAAUGUUAAUAAGUUAAUAAUAGUUAACUAUAAUGUUAACCAGACAAAGGCAGAGAAUUAUAUACUGCCUGGAAUACUGCCAGACUUUUAUCGAUCGUUUUGUCUAUCUGUAUAUCAUUUAUGAUUAGAUAUGUGAAUGAACUAAGAAAGUUCUUCUGGGUUAAUUUUAGAUAAAUCUGGCAGAAUUAGAGGGUAGGCUAAGUCUGAUUUAUUGGAAAGAGCACUAAACCAUGAUAAGUAAGAAAUCUUGAAGAGCAUUAGACCGUGAUAAAUAAGAAAGCUUGAAUUACAAUGUUGACUUUUUAGUUUUAUGCAAGUUGUGUGGCAGCAAACAGAUUAUUUAACUUAAUUCUCUGGUUCUGUUAAUUCAUUUGUAAAAUGAGGAAGUUGGACUAGUGAAUGAUGUCUCUUAUAGAUUUCACAUUUGUGGCAUAGUCUAAAGAGACAUUUUUAGUUUACUUCACCUUAGUUUUAUUAUCUUCUAAUCGUUCAUUUUCCUAUCAUAGAAUCAUAGCAUCAUAGAUCUAAAGUUAGAGGGGACUUCAGAAAAGACCAUCUAGUCCCCGAGUUCUUAAUCUGUGACAUUAAAAAAAUUUUUUUUUUGGAUAACUUUCAAUAUAAUUAGUUUCCUUUGUAAUAAUAUGUAUUUUAUUUUAUAGGUUUAAAAACGUUUUUCUGAGAAGGGGGGUCCAUAGGCUUCAUCAGAUUCCCAACGAGGACCAUGUAUCUUCUCUGAAUUAUGUGAUGUGAGAAGGCUGGACAUGGAUGAGAUUUCUGAAACUAUGAGGAUGGAGUCUAGAGAAAUAACUUUAGUGAACCACAACACCAUAUUUAAAACACAUCUCCUGCCAGAGAUAGGUUUUCAAGAGAACCAGCUUUCACUCUCUGACCACCAGGGUUUGCCUUCUAGGCCUGAAAAUUUGGAUCCACCUUUUACUUGUUCUACAAGAAGUACAGUAUACAACCCAAAUUAUUAUUCAGAUAGCCCUUCCUCAGACAGUUUUCUAGUUGAACCAAGAACAUUUGGUCACAGUGUGAAUGGCCAUUGGAGAAAUUCUACUCCUGCACCACCAACUUCAGCUUUACAGAAACCCAGAAUCAGCCGAAGUCUUUACCAUGACACUCGAAAGGCCUCCAGUGGAAUGUCAAACACUUUUGUUGGAAAGUCAAACCAUCACUGUCAUAUGACUGCAUAUGAAAAAACUUUUCCUAUUAAGCCUGUUACGAGUCCAUCAUGGAGUGGUUCAUGCCGUCGCAAUCUCUUAAGCCCAAAGAAAACCCAGAGGCGAUAUAUUAGUACAGCAGAAGAGACAGUUCGAGAAGGAGAGAGAGAGAUCUAUAGACAAUUGCUACAGAUGGUUACUGGUAAACAGUUUUCUACAGCCAAACCCACUACACAUUUUCCUUUACACCUGUCUCGACUCAGUUCCAAUAAGAGUGCUUUGGAAGAUCCAGUGUUUAAAGAUUCUAACUCUUAUGCCACUCAGACCAUUGGCUCUGACACACCAUCAAACAACUCCGCCAGCAUUUUAAAUACCCAAGAACAGCUGUCCCACCCCACUAUACCAUUUCCCCAGUCUUCCUAUCUUCGGGAUAUUGCUACAAAUGAAUCCAAGAAUUCUGAUCCCCACAGUCAACCUCACCAACACUCCUCUCCUCCACAUCAGCCAAAUCACAUACCAGCUCCAAAUGCACAGUCUGAAGGCUCAGACUCUGUCAUUUUACUCAAGGUGAAAGAUUCCAGAGCUCCCACUCACAGUCCUUCCUUCUUCCAGGCAGAGCUGUGGAUCAAAGAAUUAACCAGCGUUUAUGAUUCCCGAGCACGGGAGAGAUUACGUAAAAUUGAAGAACAGAAAGCUCUGGCAUUACAUCUUCAAAACCAGAGACUGCAAGAACAAGAGCAUUCAGUACAUGAUUCAAUAGAUCUGCAUCUUCGAGUGCCUCUUGAAAAAGAGAUACCUGUCACAAUCACACAGGAAGAAGAGAAAGAGCCUGACAGAGUGACUGAUAAUGAAGAUGAGUUUCCUGAACUCACAGAGGAAAUGGAGAAAGAAAUAAAGAAUGUAUUCCGUAAUGGAAACCAGGAUGAGAUUCUCAGUGAAGCAUUCCGUCUGACUAUCACCCGCAAGGACAUUCAGACUCUCAACAACCUGAACUGGCUCAAUGAUGAGAUCAUCAAUUUCUAUAUGAAUAUGAUAAUGGAGCGAAGUAAAGAAAAGGGAAUGCCAAGUGUCCAUGCAUUUAAUACCUUUUUUUUUACCAAGUUAAAAACGGCUGGGUAUCAGGCAGUGAAACGAUGGACAAAGAAAGUGGAUGUAUUUUCUGUGGACAUUCUUUUGGUACCUAUUCACCUGGGAGUACACUGGUGUUUAGCGGUAAUAGACUUUAGGAAGAAGUAUAUCACCUAUUAUGAUUCAAUGGGUGGAAUAAACAGUGAAGCUUGCAGGAUCUUGCUACAGUACCUAAAACAAGAGAGCCUUGACAAGAAAAGGAAAGAAUUUGAUACUAAUGGCUGGCUUCUUUUCAGCAAGAAAAGCCAGGAAAUUCCCCAGCAGAUGAAUGGGAGUGAUUGUGGGAUGUUUGCCUGUAAAUAUGCCGAUUGUAUUACCAAAGACAGACCAAUCAAUUUCACACAGCAACACAUGCCAUACUUCCGGAAGCGGAUGGUCUGGGAGAUCCUCCAUCGAAAGCUUCUUUGAAAGCCACCAUGGUCAGCAAUCACUGAUCCUGUGGGGGACCAGCUCUGAGCUAUUCCCAAGAUCUCUGGACAAGAGGCUUUGAGAACAAUUGCUCCUACCUUGUUUUGUUGUUGUUGUUGUUGUUGUUGUUUUAAAAAUCCUAAAGAACUUCAAUCCUGGACCAGAUCCUGGCAAGAUGCAUUCACAAGCACACCUGCCUUUCCUUUUGUAUCUCAGAACCUAUUUUUGCAACGUAACUUUGGUGCUGUGAAAAGAGAGGGUAAGGGAUUUUUCUCAAGCUGAAGAGAGAGACUGUUUUCCCCUUCUCCAGUUCUGCCAUAUUUUAAAAGGGCUUUAACCACCUUCAGUCCUUGUUAACCAAAAUGGGCCCUGCAAGUUUCCUUAAGAUCUGAACAGGCUUGAAAAUUAUUUUUUGUUUCAGAUGUGCCAUUAGCUUUGGGUUUUAUUGGGAGAUAAGGGUAUGUGCAUCCGCAUGUUUACCCAUACACAGCUGUCAAAGUUUGUGGACAAGAAUGUGAUUUUAAACUGGAAUUCUGGCUACAUACUUGGACCACUGUUCCUGUUCAACUCCUCCACAUGGAAGCUGACUUAUUUGAUUUUCAUCAAUUCCCAUAUUCUCCCAUUCCUUUCCCAUACUUCAUAUGAAGAGUAUCAUGCAAGCCCUAAUCCCCCAAAAACCUUUUCCCUAGAUGUGGGAUUUUUGCCUGGGAUGGAAGUUUGUGGGAUAGGGAAACCCACAGAGGAAACAGAUGAGAGAAGCAACAAAGCAACGUUUUCAGUGGCUCACAUUUCUGAGCAAGAGACAGGACCUCAGUCUUUAACAUAAAAUUCCAGCAUUGAAUGAAUGAAUGUAGGUCCAGUUCAUUCUGUGGCAAGUUAGUUUAAAUAUAUUUCUAACCACAGAGAAUGUAAUAUAUGUAUUUCACAAGGAAAUGCUUCUUUUUUAAAAAAGGGGGAAAAAAGCUGAAUGUGUUCAUCAGUCACAAGUCAGCCUGCAGACUUGUUUCCAUUUUCCAAAUUUAGCUCUAGCACACACAGCUCAAGCCCUGUAUGCAGGGUAUUCAUGGGCUUUCUGACAGAACCUUUUGAAACUUGAAUGAAUUCUGGCUGAGGAGAGGGGUGGAGGGUGCAGCAUACAGUGGAUAAUGAGUUGUUCAGCUCUAGCACAGACAGAAUUUGAGCUUCUUAACUUGGGAUGCAAAAAUCUCUGCUCUUUCUGUCACCCUCCUACCCACCAUUUAAGAGCUUCCUUAGGCUUGGGUAAUGAAAAUGAACUGUCAGUGUCAUUUUGUACUUAAGUUCCAAAAAAAGGAACAUUUUAUACUCUUUUCUGUAUUGUAAUAGGUAGUUUUGUAUUAAAUCCUUUCUCCUCUUCCCCUAUCCCCAUCCCAUCCCUUCUCAUAUCGCACUUUUCCCUGGUCUCAUUUGAAGAUCUUAUUGUUUUCUACUGAGCUUGUUUAGUACAUUUUUGUAUGUUUGCCACAAGUUACAAUUUUGAAAUGAAAAUUAUUUUUUUUAAUAUUCCAUUGUUAACUGAAUGUUGAUGUGCCCACCCCAGCAACCAUCCUAUCUCUUUAAAAGUCUGCCUUCUUGGGAAAGGCCACUUUUUUGUCUGUGUUUUGUAUAGGAAAUAAAUGGCUUUCAAUACCAUGA